UGCAGUGUGAAGUGUGGAUAGGUUUGUUAGUAUUCUCUACAGCGGUAACAAUUGUUGCAGGACAAUCAAUUGUGGUUGGAGGAGGAACAUACGAAUACGGAGUGGAUAUCACUCUCCGCUGUUUUGUGGCUGGAAUAGAUCCACCACACAAUGUCACUUGGCAGGUCCCAGAGAGUAGUACCAGUUUAGAAAGGGGGCUGCUAGUCGAUAACACUGAUGUUCCUUCCCUGACAUUUGAAGCUCGUAGAGAGGAUGGAGGUGACUACACCUGUCAAGAUGUUGGCAGUAAUGCAGAACUAAUUAAAGCUACGGUCACAGUUGUUCCAGCCAUACUGAUGGGACCAGAGGAUAUGAUUCUGGAGUACAGUGAUGUCCUGACAGCCACAUUCACCUGCACCACUUUUGGUGGAGAUGAUGCUCCACUAGCAAUUGACUGGCUGUCUCCAGCUGGUGUUACAGGAUUGAAUAUCAGUUCAAGAAUUGAUGGCAUAAAUGCAGACAACAGCACAACUAGCUCGAUCACUACUCUUCCUCUUUCACUGAGUGAUAGAGGAAGUAUGUAUGCGUGUGAUGUAACCUAUGAAGGUGCCCCCAGUGAUGUCACUGACGCAUUAGCUAGUGUGGACAUUGUACCAGCAAUUACUGAGGAUCCUAAGAACGUCUUUAUUGGAGUUGGACUAGGGAGAAAUGCCACUUUCAGCUGCUCUGCUUAUGGUGGACCUACUGAAACCAUUCCUUCCCUGGAGUUCACUUGGACUGGUCCAGUUGGUAUUGAUGUCAGUAUUCAAGUGACAGAGGUGGUCGAUGAUAUAGCUACCAAUACUCUGACUCUGGUGAAUGUGAGUUUAUUCAAAUAAAGAUUUUCGAGAGUUUUUUCUUUACACAUGCAAACAUAGUAGUAUAUAGCUACAUCAGCGUUAUUCAAUUAUUUCAGGGGGUCCUUUAAUCAUCACUGAGCCUCCCAUAGACUCAGUUGAAGAAAGAGGCAACUCCGUCACUUUUUCCUGUACUGCAGUAGGCAACGGGGCUCUCAACAUCACGUGGCGACUUUCCUCAGGAGAGGCAGUGUUCACUGGACAGGACACUGAGGAAAUCUGGAGAGUCAACUCGACUCUAACUGUGACAGACAUUUCAGCAACCGAUGGAGGGAACUAUAGUUGUAUUGCUGAGCAUGAGGCAGGGAGAGUUUAAACCACUGCUAGCCUAUGGGUCAGACUGUACACAAAUGAUCAUGUCCCUGGUGCAACACCACAACCAAUGGAACAAUGGAGAGACUCAUCUGCCCAAUAGAGGGGUUCCCGGUCGAGUACAGUCUCUCCUGAGGGCAGUGUAGUCAUCACACCACCCGGAGUGAACGCCACUAUGAGAGGCAGAGAGCACAGGCUGACAUGUUCAGCUGAGGGUGGGCAAUGGAACGCAGUGGGUUGGGUCAAACUGGGCAAAGACACAGUGAUUUCAGACAAUCCAGAGCUAAUGAUCCCCAUAAUUGAUGCAUCAGUUGGUGGUGUGUAUCAGUGUACUGUAGAGAAUCUUGCAGGAUCUGACUCAGCCACUGCAGUCGUAAACGUCAUUCCUGUUUUUACCGAUGAGCCAGCUGAUAUUAAUGUAACAAGGACAGAAGAACUUGUGUUGAACUGCAGUGCUAACGGAUUCCCACGUCCAGAGAUACUAUGGCUCCACAGCGGAACUGCGCUGGAGAACACCUGUGGAAUCAUUAUAACCGAGACCUUCUCUGAAGUUGAUAUCACUAGCACACUCUCAGUCAUGAGCACUUCCUUCGAAUAUUCGGACAACUAUACCUGUUUAGCAAGGAGCACUGUGUUUGAUGACGUAGUUAGUAGACAGGCUCUGGUGCUAAUCCAAGCUCCAGGGCAGGUGUUUGUGUCAGUGAGCUCCAUCACAGCCACCUCCAUCUCCCUCUCCUGGAGUGUGUCCAGCAGUGGAAGGGUGGGCUGGGUGGCCAGUUGGGAGGUGGUCUGGAGACCCACUGACAGAGGCACUGAGAGCACCAGUGGUCCUCUGUCUGGCACUACCUACACCAUCAACCAGUUGGACCCCUCCACCAUCUACAUCCUCACUGUAUCAGCCACUAAUGUAGCUGGAACCACUGACAGCACUCCCAUCCUUGUCUCCACUGGCGCCACUGAUGUUUUCCAGGCAGACAGUUCAAGCACUGAGACAGACACUUCAACCAUUAUUGGUGGAGUAGUGGCUGUGGUCUUUAUGAUCACUACUUCACUAACAGUCGUAGUGAUAGUGAUUCUACUGUUAAGAAGUCGCAGUGGAAAUUACCCUGCAAAAACAAGAGCUACAGUUGUAGCUACAAAUCAAUCAGUGGAGCUCUCCAACUUCUCAGAGGCAGUUUAUGCAGAUCCAGACCAGCUCCAGACCACCAGUAACGAGGCCUACAAUGUAGUGAAAGGGACUGGAAGGACAGCUGAAGAUGAGUAUGAGGUACUACAAGACCUCCCUUCUCCCACCUCCUCAUCUGGGCCUACCACUACUGAUGCUGAUGGAGACUAUGAACCAGUUUGACUGUGGACAUGGCUGGUGCACAGAGCCCUCUUCUGAACACUGCUUUUGCCAUGUGAAUGUUAAUACUAUUUCAAUUUGUA